CCAAAAUAUUCCCCCACAAAACAAUAAUGCGCCGUCCGCUGCACAACACGACGAGGCUGCCGAAGCAGCUUCGCGACGAGCUUGGAGAGCAAGACAGCGGUCGAGGCAAAGGCCGCCGUGGCGGAGCGCGAAAUGACCCCGGCCAGCGAAAAGAGCGUCGCAAGGCGGAACGAGAACAGAAAAGGGCACAGCGGAGACCUCCUCGGAGUCAGGCCCCUCGGAGUCAGGCCCCGCGGGGGAGAGCCCAGGCGGCACCGGAUUCAGAAGAGGACAAUUUCGAUCUGGAUGAGGACAGCGUAGGCAAGCAAAGUCCGUCGCCACCGCCGCAGCCGUCUGCGAAGAAGAAUAAGAAGAAGAGUGAUGCGCCCGAGAAGAAACAUGACCAGCCCAAGUCGAUACUGAAGAAGCCUCAGAAGAGGCAAGACACGGAAAGUGAAGAGGAGGAAGACGAUGAGAGCGAAUUGAGCGAGGAAGAGGAGAAUUCUACGUCCAAGCCAAAGCAAAAAGUGUCAAAGGCAGUGCAGGACCGGCUGGAUCAGGAGGACGCGGAGAUUGCGGCGCUGGAGAAGAAGCUGGGAAUGAAGGGAAAGAGAAAUCUACCGAAAUCCUUUAAUGAGGACGGAUUGGGAGAUCUGCUCGAUGGUCUCGACGACUAUGUUGAGGGCAUGUCUGAUAAUAAGCGCAAGCGCUCUUCUGAGGAUGAUGAGUGGCUUGAGAGGAAACGGCGCAAGGCUACUGGGGUGCAGAAGCAGGAGGAUGUGAGCGAUGAGGACGACGAGGAUGAAGACAGCGAGGGUUCCUUUGAUGAUGAGGAUGAUAUGGAGCAGGAUCUUCUUGACGAAGACGAGGAUGACGACCUCGGGUCAGAUCUGGACGAGGACGAGGACUUGGAUGAAGAUGAAGAAGCCGACGAUGACGAUGACGAUGAAGCUGGCGACGGCGAGUUUGAAGGCUUCGACUCGGACGCGACGGACGAACCUCAGCCCAAAAAGGUCAAAGAGAAUCCCUACCUUCCACCAGUUCCCGCCAGUGCUCCUGCACCACAGAAAUACGUGCCCCCGUCUCUGCGAGGGCCGCCUUCGUCGGAACAGGAAGCGCUAUUGAGGUUGCGUCGACAAGUUCAGGGUUCUCUCAAUCGUCUAUCAGAGGCGAAUAUCCUCACCAUUGUCUCGGAUAUGGAGCGCCUGUAUCGAGAAAACGCACGGCAGCAUGUGACAUCCACGCUCGUGGACCUGCUUCUGACGUUGAUUUGUGACCGGAGUACUCUCAUGGACACUUUUCUCAUCUUACAUGCCGGGUUCAUUGCGGCCAUAUACAAGGUCAUUGGCACAGACUUUGGUGCGCAAGUAGUGCAGAAGAUUGUCGAAGAGUUUGACAGACUUUACAAUUCCACAUUGAGUGUUGAGACUGGCGGCAAGCAAGUCACCAAUCUGAUGUCGCUGCUUGCUGAGCUUUACAAUUUCCAAGUCGUGGGCAGUAACCUUGUAUUUGAUUACAUUCGUGGCUUUCUAGACGACAUUUCCGAAAUCAACACCGAGUUGCUGCUCCGACUCAUUCGAAUGUCUGGCUCGCAACUUCGACAGGAUGAUCCUCUCGCACUCAAGGAUAUUGUUAUAUCCCUUCAGAAGACCGUCGCACGAGUCGGCGAAGCCAAUUUAUCUGUUCGCACAAAGUUUAUGAUUGAAACUAUCAAUAAUCUCAAGAACAACCGUAUGAAGACUGGCGUCGCUGCCUCCGCGGUCACUGCCGAGCACACAGUCCGCAUGAAGAAGACCCUGGGCUCGUUGAACAACCGGAAUAUCCGAGCAACUGAACCCAUUCGUGUUGGGCUCAAGGAUAUCAGGGAGAGUGACAAGCGGGGUAAAUGGUGGCUGGUCGGCGCAAGCUGGAGAAACGACGCCGAGGACGAGCCAAAAGAAAACAAAGCAACCACCACGGACAAGAGCAAGGAUAUCGAUAACGAGAUGAUUGAAGCUGGUACUUCUGACCUCUUUACUCUUGCCAGAGAGCAGCGAAUGAACACCGACAUUCGGCGUGCCAUUUUCAUUGCCAUCAUGUCAGCGUCAGAUUUUCAGGAUGCGUCUACCCGCUUGAUCAAGCUUCGGCUGAAGAAGGCGCAGGAAUUGGAGAUUCCGCGUGUGCUGAUGCAUUGUACUGGCGCCGAGCAGGUGUACAACCCCUACUAUGCGCUCAUUGCGCGAAAGCUCUGCGCGGACCGGAGGCUCAAAAUGGCUUUCCAAUUCGGCCUCUGGGGCUUGCUGAAGCGAAUGGGCGAGAAGUGGGAUGGCGACGACGAUGACAAUAUGGGUGAUGACGAUGAUGAGGAGGAGAAGUUGAGCAUGCGGACUAUUGUCAAUCAUGCCAAGUUCUUUGGCGGACUGAUUGCGUCUGGGUCCUUGGGACUGAAUGUGCUCAAGAUUCUCGGGUUUGCCUAUCUGCAACCAAAGACUCAAACUUUCCUGGAGCUUCUCAUGAUUACGAUCAUCCUUGAGUCGCAGAAGCGGUCUCAGACUAAACGGGAUGAACAAGCUGUGCGCGGAGUGUUUAGUACAGCAAGUGGCCAUCCUCAAUUGGCUCGAGGCUUGCAGUAUUUCCUUCGCAAGACUGUCAGCAAGACGGACAUUGCUGGUGGAAAGGCCGAGCAGGAGACGGUCAAGUGGGGUUGUAAAAUGGGAGGCGAUAUAUUGAAAGCCAUUGCUUUGGCCGAGGUGGCCGAGGAUAGAGACCUCAUCAAUCAUACAGAAACUGUGAGACUGAGAGACAUCUCCAUUCCUUCAUACCUUUCCUCCCGAUUCAUGUUUCGCAAUUUGGUCCCUAGGACCACCUCCCGGUCCAUCCUGAGACCCGCUACGGGUGCUACGGCCACUUCCUUUGCUCCCUCAAGCUUCGUUCUUAUCAACCGAUCAAGAAGAGGCUACGCCACUUCCUCCGAGGAGAAGGACCUUGUCAUUGUCGGUGGUGGUGUCGCCGGAUAUGUCGCGGCUAUCAAAGCCGGCCAGGCCGGUCUCAAGGUCGCAUGUAUAGAGAAGCGUGGUGCUCUUGGUGGCACCUGUCUUAACGUCGGCUGCAUUCCCUCAAAAUCGCUCCUCAACAACUCGCAUCUUUACCACCAGGUCUUGCACGACACCAAGCACCGCGGUAUCGAGGUUGGCGAUGUCAAGCUCAACCUUGCGCAGAUGAUGAAGGCCAAGGAAACCUCGGUCAGCGGUCUGACCAAGGGUAUCGAGUUCCUCUUCAAGAAGAACGGCGUCGAGUACGUCAAGGGUACUGGCUCUUUUGUCAACGAGAAUGAGGUCAAGGUCAACCUCAUCGAAGGCGGCGAGCAGACUCUCCGCGGCAAGAACUUCAUCAUCGCCACCGGUUCCGAGUCUACGCCCUUCCCCGGCCUCGAGAUUGACGAGAAGAAGGUCAUCACUAGCACUGGCGCCAUUGCCCUGACUGAGGUCCCCAAGAAGCUGCUCGUCAUUGGUGGUGGUAUCAUUGGUCUUGAGAUGGCUUCCGUUUGGUCCCGCCUCGGCUCCGAAGUCACCAUCGUCGAGUUCCUCGGUCAGAUUGGUGGUCCCGGUAUGGACGCGGAGGUUUCCAAGCAGGCGCAGAAGAUUUUGGGCAAGCAGGGUAUCAAAUUCAAGCUUAACACCAAGGUCACCAAGGGUGACGCCAGCGGCGAGGGCGUCAAGCUCGACGUUGAGGCUGCCAAGGGUGGCAAGGCCGAGACUCUUGAUGCCGACGUUGUCCUCGUCUCCAUUGGUCGUCGCCCUUACACCGAGGGUCUCGGUCUCGAGAACAUUGGUGUCGAGGUUGACGAGCGCGGCCGUCUUGUCAUCGACGACCAGUACCGCACCAAGCACCCCCACAUUCGCGUGAUUGGCGACUGCACGUUUGGUCCCAUGCUUGCGCACAAGGCCGAGGAGGAGGCCGUUGCAGCCAUCGACUACCUCACCAACAGCUACGGUCACGUCAACUACGGCGCCAUCCCCUCGGUCAUGUACACUCACCCCGAGGUCGCGUGGGUCGGCCAGAGCGAGGCCGAAGUCAAGGCUGCCGGCAUCAAGUACCGUGUCGGCAACUUCCCCUUUGCCGCCAACUCCCGUGCCAAGACCAACCUCGACACUGAGGGUUUCGUCAAGUUCAUCGCCGACGAGGAGACGGACCGCAUCCUCGGUGUCCACAUCAUUGGCCCCAACGCCGGCGAAAUGAUUGCCGAGGCUACCCUGGCCAUCGAGUACGGCGCCUCCUCUGAGGACAUUGCCCGCACUUCGCACGCUCACCCUACUCUUGCCGAGGCCUUUAAGGAGGCUGCCAUGGCCACCUACGCCAAGGCUAUCCACUACUAAGCUUUUUCGGUGAUCUGAUGGUCGUACGGUUUGGUGGUCUGUCGGAAGGGUAGAAUGAGAGUGUAGUAGAAGAGUCGGAGGAAGAAUCGGAGAAAGAAAGGGGGACAACCCCCAUGUGAUGGCCCUUUUAUGUAUAACAAGUUUUUAGUCUAAACUUACAAGACGAAGACUUGGCAGAGUCCUGAAAGAGAGAAAGAGAUUUAUUUUGUGAAUAGUCGUUAAUUGUAUACUAUUGAGCACCCACUUUAUGGACUUCACGUUCGUGUAUCUCCGCAGUGAUAUUCAUAUAUUUACAUGAAUGAUGGUUGCAUACCCAUCUUGUUCACGCCAUGGCUUUUUUUCUACAUUCCCCUUUCUUUUUCACUCUCUUCUUCCCCAUUAUUGGAUAGAUAGACGUUCUCAGUCUGCUGCACUGGAAACGAACCCGCUGACCUUUGCUCUGCCGCGUGAUGUG